CAAUGGACCUAAAGAUUUAGCUUGCAGUUUUUCUAAGAAUUACAUUUUGAAUACUAGUUUUAUCAAUAAAGAACAGGAUGUUCGUGGCUGCCAUUUAAUCGAAUUUACCUAUGUCAAUGAAGGAAAAUAACUUACCUUGGUAAGUUUUCUAUAUUUGGUGAGGGGCAUAAGUUAGCAUGGAGAACCCUAGAACAGUAAAUCAUUUUGUUCCUGAUUUUUAUUCCAGUUUCCCAUUUACAGCUUAUCAUCGAUCCCUAAUCUUCGUAUAACUUGUCUUCUACCUGUUGUGCUCUGCUUCUGAUGCUCAUUUCAACACCCAAAUGCUCAUCCCAAACACUCGAUAUCGACAACCCACUCAUGGCCUGCACUCUAAUUGACUAUCAAUGCAAUUAUUCUUGUCUUCACACCGAAGGGCACCCACGCUCAAUACUGAAUACCUUCAGCUCUCAACUCAUGCCCUACAACUUGUUUGCUAUUGCUUUCUCCUAGUUACUACAAACCAACAUCUACAGCCUGCAUUCUCCGCCAUCUCGCCCAUGAAUUAUGAAAUCCUUGUCUACAAUUGGUGCAUCUCUCAAACUUAAAGGCAAAGCUGCACCAGAAGGAUCUCAAUACGGUGCUUUGCUGUAAAUAUGAAUGAACUUUUAGAACAGUCUACUGGAUUAGCUUUCAGAUUUGUUAUUGGACGAACGAAAGAUAGAAAGAAAAUGGCUGAUCUUAAGAAAGAAGAGGAGAAUUAUCAUGAUUUCAUGUUUAUUGAUGUAGAAGAAGAGUAUGCAAGGCUGCCUUAUAAAACGUUGGCAUUUUUCAAAGCAGCAUUCAAUCUUUUUGAUGCAGAAUUUUAUGUGAAGGCAGAUGAUGAUAUUUAUCUUAGACCUGACCGGCUUGCUACUCUCUUGGCUAAGGAUCGUGCCCAUCACCGCACUUAUAUUGGUUGCAUGAAAAAGGGCCCAAUAAUAACGAAUCCAAAGUUGAAAUGGUAUGAAAGCUCUGGUCAUCUUCUUGGGAAUGAAUAUUUCCUUCAUGCAUAUGGUCCAAUAUAUGCCUUGUCUGCAGAGGUGGUAGCUUCUCUUGCAGAAGCAAGAAAUGAAAGUCUGAGAAUGUUCGACAAUGAGGAUGUAACCAUAGGUUCUUGGAUGCUUGCUAUGAAUGUCAAUCAUGAAGAUAACCGGGCAAUAUGUGAUCCCAAAUGUACACCCAGUUCAAUUGCUAUAUGGGAUAUACCAAGAUGUUCAGGUUUGUGUAACCCUGCAGUUCGUGUAAGGGAGCUGCACAAUAUCAGCAUGUGUUCUCAGAGCCCAACUCUGCCGACUGAAGAGGACGCGUGAAGAUUCUGACUCUAUACAUUCUAAUCUGGAAGGUCUGGUAUGGUUCUAACAACGAACCCUUUCACUUCUGAAAUAUGAGCUUCUGAAGUAAGUUUUCAAGGCAUGCCAUUUCAUCAG